CUCCUCCUCCCUGCGCUGCGCGGUGCCAAGCCAGACAUCACAGCGGCGUGGCUGCACCUGCUAAAAACCAACCGGCGGCAGAGCCAACCAGCCCGCUUCCCUCCCCCGCCCAGCCCUGUGCAAUAAACCAGCCCGGACUCGCGGCAUGCAGCAGGGGACCAACCCGGCUCUGCCAGAAGCGGCCGGCGCGCCAGGCAUGGGGCGACCCGGCCCUGCCACCCUCCGCUAACCGCCCGCCUCUCGAUGUGACACUCGCCCACCCCAACACCCCCUCCCGCUCCUCCCCCGCCUCUGCCCCCCAGCCGCCAUGGAGCUCUCCGAGGUGCGGUGCCUGAGCGACAGCGAGGAGCUGUACACCAUCAACAGGACCCCCCCCUGCGGCGGCCGCGCCAGACCCCAGCGCCUGCUGUGGCAGACCGCGGUGCGCCACAUCACCGAGCAGCGCUUCAUUCAGGAGCAGAGCAGCAGCAGCGGCGGGAGCAGCAGCGGGGGCAAAGCCCUGGGCUCGCAGGACUCCUGCUGCCCCAACCACCACCCCUACCCCCCGCGGCGCCCGUCCGAGCGCCACAACAACGGGGGCACCAAAGUCUUCCCGGAGCGCACCAGCAGCAGCGGGGACCUGGGCUUCCUGCACCUCGACUGCGCCCCCAGCAACUCCGACUUCUUCCUCAGCUGGGGCUACACCUACCGCGGGGUCAUCUUCCCCACGCUGCGCAACGCCUUCAAGUCCCGGGACCUGGAGCGCCUCUACCAGCGCUACUUCCUGGGCCAGCGGCGCAAGUCCCAGGUGGUCAUGAACAUCUUGGACGUGCUGACCAAGCUGACUUUGCUGCUGCUCCACCUGACCCUGGCCUCGGCCCCCAUGGACCCCAUCAAGGGCAUCCUGCUGGGCUUCUUCACCGGCAUCGAGGUGGUGAUCUGUGCCUUAGUGGUGGUCAGGAAGGACACGACCUCCUACACCUACCUGCAGUACAGCGGGGUGGUGACUUGGGUGGCCAUGGCCACACAGAUCUUGGCCGCUGGCCUGGGCUGUGGCCUUCUGGGCGACGGGAUCGGCUACGUGCUCUUCACCCUCUUUGCCACCUACAGCAUGCUUCCACUGCCCCUCACCUGGGCCAUCCUGGCUGGGCUGGUGACCUCCCUCCUGCAGCUCGUCAUGCAACUGGUCAUCCCUAGGCUGGCAGUGAUUUCCCUCAACCAGAUAGCGGCUCAGGCAGUGUUAUUUAUGUGUAUGAAUACAGCGGGAAUCUUCAUUAGCUACCUAUCAGACAGAGCUCAGCGCCAAGCCUUCUUAGAGACCAGAAGAUGUGUAGAAGCAAGACUGAGGCUAGAGACGGAAAACCAGAGACAGGAACGGCUGGUGCUCUCCGUAUUACCUCGAUUUGUUGUACUAGAGAUGAUUAACGACAUGACCAAUGUGGAAGAUGAGCACUUGCAGCACCAGUUCCAUAAGAUCUAUAUUCACCGCUAUGAGAAUGUCAGCAUUCUUUUUGCAGAUGUUAAAGGUUUCACCAACCUCUCCACAACCUUGUCAGCACAAGAGCUGGUCCGAAUGCUGAAUGAACUCUUUGCCAGAUUUGAUCGACUAGCACACGAACAUCAUUGCCUUAGAAUUAAGAUCCUGGGGGACUGUUACUACUGUGUUUCUGGGCUCCCGGAACCUCGCCAAGACCAUGCCCACUGUUGUGUUGAAAUGGGACUCAGCAUGAUCAAAACUAUCAGGUAUGUUAGGUCAAGAACAAAGCAUGACAUUGACAUGAGGAUCGGAAUACAUUCUGGAUCAGUGCUGUGUGGGGUGCUGGGCCUACGGAAGUGGCAGUUUGAUGUCUGGUCGUGGGAUGUGGAUAUUGCAAACAAACUCGAGUCAGGCGGCAUUCCUGGGAGGAUCCACAUCUCCAAAGCCACUCUGGACUGCCUGAAUGGGGAUUAUAAAGUUGAAGAAGGACACGGUAAAGAACGAAAUGAAUUCUUAAGGAAACAUAACAUUGAGACCUAUUUAAUAAAACAGCCCGAGGAGAGUCUGUUGACUUUGCCUGAAGACAUUGUGAAAGAAUCUGUCAGCAUCUCAGACAGGAGAAACAGUGGGGCAACAUUUACAGAAGGAUCAUGGAGCCCUGAACUCCCAUUUGAUAACAUAGUGGGAAAACAGAACACUCUGGCUGCCCUAACAAGAAAUUCAAUAAAUCUGCUUCCAAACCAUCUUGCACAAGCUUUGCAUGUCCAGUCUGGGCCCGAGGAAAUUAACAAGCGAAUAGAGCACACCAUCGACUUACGGAGUGGCGAUAAAUUGAGAAGAGAGCAUAUCAAGCCUUUCUCACUGAUGUUUAAAGACUCCAGCCUGGAGCAUAAGUAUUCUCAAAUGAGGGAUGAAGUGUUCAAAUCAAACUUGGUGUGUGCAUUCAUUGUCCUUGUAUUUAUCACCGCAAUCCAAAGUUUACUUCCUUCUACAAGGAUGAUGCCAAUGGUCAUUCAGUUUUCCAUUCUGAUUAUGCUGCACUCCACUCUUGUUCUAAUCACCACUGCAGAGGAUUAUAAAUGUUUACCCCUAGUGCUACGGAAAACUUGCUGCUGGAUUAAUGAGACCUAUUUGGCCAGGAAUGUGAUCAUUUUUGCAUCCAUUAUGAUUAACUUUCUGGGAGCCAUCAUAAAUAUUCUAUGGUGUGAUUUUGACAAACCAAUACCCUUUAAGAAUCAGACUUUCAAUUCCUCUGAAUCUUUUACAGAUAUCUGCUCCUAUCCUGAGUAUUUUGUCUUUACCGGUGUCCUGGCAAUGGUAACCUGUGCAGUGUUUCUUCGUCUCAACUCUGUUCUGAAGUUGGCAGUGCUUCUCAUUAUGAUCGCAAUCUAUUCUCUGCUGACUGAGACCGUUUAUGCCUCCCUCUUCCUGCGAUACGACAACUUUCAUCACAAUGGAGAAACCGAUUUCCUGGGCACAAAGGAGGCGUCCUUGCUACUGAUGGCAAUGUUCCUCUUAGCUGUAUUUUAUCAUGGUCAACAGCUUGAAUACACAGCCCGCCUGGACUUUCUGUGGCGUGUUCAAGCAAAAGAAGAAAUCAAUGAAAUGAAGGAAUUAAGGGAACACAAUGAAAAUAUGCUACGAAAUAUUCUGCCAAGUCAUGUUGCCCGUCACUUCCUGGAGAAGGAUCGAGAUAAUGAAGAGUUAUACUCUCAGUCCUAUGAUGCUGUUGGCGUGAUGUUUGCUUCCAUCCCCGGGUUUGCUGAUUUUUAUUCUCAAACUGAAAUGAAUAACCAAGGAGUGGAAUGUCUCCGUUUGCUGAAUGAAAUCAUUGCAGACUUCGAUGAGUUACUAGGUGAAGAAAGAUUUCAAGAUAUUGAAAAAAUUAAAACCAUUGGCAGCACAUACAUGGCUGUAUCAGGAUUAUCACCUGAAAAACAGCAAUGUGAAGACAAAUGGGGACAUUUGUGUGCUCUGGCUGACUUCUCCAUAGCUUUGAAUGAAAGUAUACAGGAGAUCAACAAACAUUCGUUCAACAACUUUGAACUCCGCAUCGGUAUUAGCCAUGGCUCUGUUGUAGCAGGAGUUAUCGGUGCUAAGAAACCCCAAUAUGAUAUCUGGGGCAAAACGGUUAACUUAGCUAGUCGAAUGGACAGCACGGGUGUAAGCGGCAGAAUACAAGUGCCUGAAGAAACGUAUCUAAUCCUGAAAGACAAGGGAUUUGCUUUCGACUAUCGAGGAGAGAUUUACGUCAAAGGCAUCAGCGAACAGGAAGGAAAAAUCAAAACAUAUUUUCUUCUAGGAAGAGUACAACCAAACCCUUUAAUCUUACAACCAAGAAAACUGACUGGACAGUAUUCCUUAGCGGCUGUUGUAUUAGGACUUGUACAGUCUCUUAACAGGCAAAAACAGAAGCAAAUCCUUAAUGAGAACAACAACACUGGCAUCAUAAAGGGACAUUAUAACCGGCGGACUUUGCUAACUUCCAGUGGACCAGAGGCAGUGGCCCAAGCAGAGGGCUCUGACAAAACUGAAUUGCCAUAAUAAACAUUUUGUUUGUGUUCUUUUUUUUAAUUUCUUUUAUAUAUAAAAUAAAUA